GAAGCUAAAACUAUAAGAGACACCCCUAAUCAAGCACAUCACAUAUGUGUCUCAAUAGUGUAUACACACAGUGACAAAAAAACAUCAAAAUGGAAAGGGGGGUUUUCGAAGCUGCACUAGAGGGAGAUGUGGCAACCUUAAAGAGGUUGUUACAUGAAGAUCCUUUGAUUCUCGAUCGAACCAUAGUAAACAUUUAUUCCGAGACCCCAUUGCACGUUGCAGCGAUGCUGGGAUACCAUGAUUUUGUUAAGGAAAUCAUUACAAGAAAACCCCAACUGACUAAGGAGCUGAACUCGAAACACUCUUCCCCUCUUCACCUCGCGGCGGCCAAAGGGCACGUUGAUGUGGUUAGGGCUUUGGUGUUAGCUGAUCCCGGGAUGUGUAAGGGUCGUGAUAGAGAUGGCCUAACUCCGGUCCACCUGGCAGCCAUGAAAGGAAGAGUUGAAGUAUUGAAGGAGUUGAUUGAUGCAAUAUCGUGUAGAAGUGGAUUGGUUGAUAUGAUGGGUGUGGAUAAUGAGCGGUUGGGAGAGAGCAUUUUGCAUAUGUGUGUUAAGCAUAGCCAGUUGGAGGCUUUGAAGAUUGUGGUGGAGAUGAUAGGAGAUGGUGGUGGGGGUUUUGUGAAUUGUAGAGAUAGUUUUGGCAACACAAUUCUGCAUCUUGCUGUGGCAGAUAAACAAUUUGAGACUGUGAAGUAUUUGCUCAUGCAUACUACAAUAGAAGUGGAUGCUCAAGACUUAAUUGGGUUAACAGCUACGGACAUCCUCCUUCAAACUAGAAAUGAUAAUAUUGCACAACUUCUUAUCCACAACCAGCAGGGACCUAAACAAGCAUCGCAGCAGCAGAGCCAACCCUCCAGAAACAAGAAGAAAAACAAAAGAAAAAAGCCAAUUGGCAACAAAAACAAUAAUACCAGCAAGCCCCCAAAUGCAAAAGAGCACUGGGUUCAAAAAAUGCGAGACGGAUUAAUGGUGGCGGCUUCUUUGCUGGCAACAAUGGCGUUCCAGGCAGUUGUCAGCCCUCCUGGCGGUUUAUUGCAAACCAACGACACACCCAUAAGACAGUCAGAAAUCCAAAACAACAUAAAUAGUUUCUUUUCUUUUACAGGAAACUCCGAAUCCUUUGUCGCCCCUGCACCGUCGUCUAGUAUAAACGACACACUCAUAAAUGCUACAAUUGGGAAAUCCGUGAUGUCUUAUUACAAGCCGCUGCUUUAUAAUAUGUUCCUGGUGGCCAACACCACCAGCUUUCUUGCAUCUCUCACUAUCAUUCUGCUGUUGAUAAGCGGUUUGCCGCUAAGCCGGAAGUUCUUUAUGUUCAUCAUGAUGAUCAUAAUGUGGGUGGCCAUCACAGGGAUGGGGCUAAGUUAUUUCUUCUGCAUAAACAUGAUUACUCCGGAGAGGAGUAACAUGAACAUAGGGCUUUACUUGUACAGAAUUGGGGCGUGUUUGUUAGCAGGGCUUGCCGUGAUUCUUGUGUUAGGGCACAUAAUUCAGAUGACAGUCAAGAUGGUCAAAUGGGUGUGGAGAGCAUUGAGGAGAAAGCCGAAGAAGAUGAAUUCAAGUUCUAUGGAUAUAGACUCUUGUAACGAGAUAUAUGUCACAUGAAGAUCAGAACUACUUCAGAAUUGAGCCAAAUAUAUACCUUCUAAUUCAGUAUAUGAACCAAAAGUUAUUAUAGUCAAUUUGUAUUAGAAUAGUUUGUUAUGUACUUCAUAGUCAAAUUAAAAUACAUGAUUUUUGUAAAUUCAGCGGA